AUGACCCAAUUGCCUACUUCCCCACGUACUCCACCAGAUGCCUCGCAGAAAGUAGAAGAUGCCGUUCGUUGCAUCGAAAAAGACACCCGGAUUGCGGAGGAAGAGGAACACAACGAGCGCGAAGAAGCGUAUUCAGACUUCCCGUCUCUCAGGAUGGACUACGAGCCAAUCGCCUCAGCACUGGCAGAGAAAGUGCGGCGGUACAACAAGACAAAGAAGACGGGAGAUGACAAGGGUGACGAGAAAGCAGCAUCUGCACCAAUGAGCAAUCAUGUGGAGGCCAGUCAUCCAAUCCAUCAGCCUUUCAGCCACCACAACCAUACUCGCAGCGCUACGUCUACAAUCAGCAGACAGGGCAGCUCCAGCCAAUCUAUUCUCCGCCGAUGCAGCUGCUGCAAUUUUUCCAACUACAGCCGCGACAUCCGCAUGCCUCACAGUCGCAGCACAACCGAGGACACAACUCCGAGCAACAGCACGCCACCACCAACACCCCGAGCUCCAGCGCGCCAGGAUUCAGCUCAGGCUACUGCGCCAAUAGCUCACGCAAACCAAGUCGCAGUAGUGGUCGCCGGAGACGAAGAAGACGUGACACCAGGGCAGCUACUAGCAGGCAUUCAGUUUUUUGGCUCGGAGGCAGCUCAAGUCAACAGCGUAGAACUAGCAAGCGUGGAUAACAUUGGUAUCAAGCGAGCUCGCGUUGAUAACGACGAGACAUCCGAUCAGCAGCGUGCCAACCCAUCGCGCCCAAUAACCACUAGCAGGCCAGCAACUCCAAUCCAAGCAGAUCGUUCGAUCAAGGAAAUGAAGAGCAAGGUCCACACCAGCAAGAAGUGCAGCAUGCCGAUGAAGUCUAUCAAUGCGAUGUUCAACUCAGCUCCACCGGAUAUGAUCAAGUUCCUUAGCAGUCUUGAGGGUCAGAUUCCGCUUACCUGGUCGUUGCAGUAG